UAGGUUUUAGUGUACCCUCACUGGCCACUUCAUUAGGUACACCUUACCUUCACAGUCAAAUAACAACCAAAAUAAGAGCUGCAAAUAUUAAAAAUUAAACAAACCAUUAUUAGGUUGACCUUUAUGAUUCACUUAUGUGGUCUUGCAGCUCUUGGAUUGAUUGAUUGAUUGAUUUCAGGAUUAAAUGUGCCAAUUUAAACAAUCCAAAAAAAGUUUUAACAUGCAUGCGGUGCAUCCCAUUCUACAAGUGGUCAACUGGGCAUGUGCAGGUGUGUGUGUGUGUGUGUGUGUGUUGUGGGGGCGAGUUGUUCUUCUUCCUGGUCUCAGCCAAGACGAAGCAGAAGACCACCGCCAAGCAGCAGAUCAACAGCAGCACUCAUAACAGGCGACGAGAUGAAGAGUUUGCUUUGCCUCACCGUUCUAGUUUGUGCCUUUGUUUUCCACGUCAGCGAGGCCAGAGUCAUCCCAGAGGGAGUGCCGUAUGACGAAGCCCCCGCCGUCCCUUACUGGCCAUACUCCACCUCGGACUUCUGGAACUAUGUGGAGUAUUUCAGGUCCAUCGGGGCCUACAAGCACAUAGACGAGAUGGCGCGGGCCUUCUUCGCCCACCAGCACCUGGGCGACACGCUGGGCUACGACAGCAAUGCCGGACACGAGCACUGAGGGGCCACGAUGAGCCAGGAGACCCUGGAAGUUCCACAAAAGGCCAAACAUGCAGUUUGCAGUUUUAGUAGAACCAUACUUGUAGAUUAAGGUUAUGGUAGCAUUUUUUUUUUUUUAGGUUUGUAUGUUGCUUUCAUGCAAUGAACUUCAAAUAAAGCCACAAUUCUUCGA